GCCAUGUUAUCAACCUAGCCCCAGUGGUUUUUUUCUCUGCAAGCAAAACGUGUGUCUUUUACACCAGGGCUUCCUCCCCACCCCAGGGGGUGUCUUCCAUUCUUUUGUGGCUCCGUUUAAGGCGAAAAGGGCUCCAAACCACUAACUAACUACAAGAGCCCCUUCUUCCACCUCCAGGGAGAAUUUCAGCUUUCAUUUAUCCGAAGACAGCGUUCUCUCUUCAUACUUAUUCGCCACUAUUCCGAGGAUAACAAAACACCACCUUUGCUUCAAGAUCCCGGGUGGAGGCUCCCGGGCUUUUCAACCAUCUUUGGCGAGGCCUUGGUUCCUUCCACUCGAGGAAUGUUCUAUUUUGUGUUUUUCCUUUUAGAAGCUGCUAAAGGGUGUUGGGGAGACUUCUGACUAUUAUGAAGGCCAAAAGGCCUGUUGACUGGGGCUGCUUUUAACCCUUUCAUGUUUGCAGAGAAUGCAACCGUGUGACAGUAACUGAACAUUGGUCCCAAGUCUUUCCAAAAGGUCAAGGUUCACAAGAACAUCUGAUCAAAUUCAUGACCAUGGGGGAUAUGAAGACCCCAGACUUUGAUGACCUCCUGGCAGCCUUUGACAUCCCAGAUAUGGUCGAUCCUAAAGCAGCAAUUGAGUCUGGACACGAUGACCAUGAGAGCCACAUCAAACAGAACACUCAUGUAGAUGACGACUCCCACACACCCUCGUCUUCCGACGUUGGCGUCAGUGUUAUCGUCAAGAAUGUUCGGAACAUUGAUUCCUCCGAGGGUGUGGAGAAAGAUGGCCAUAACUCCACAGGCAAUGGCUUACAUAAUGGGUUUCUUUCCGCAUCUUCUCUGGAUAGUUACGGUAAAGAUGGAGCAAAGUCCUUGAAAGGAGACGUGCCUACCUCAGAGGUGACUUUAAAGGACUCAACUUUCAGCCAGUUCAGCCCCAUCUCAAGUGCUGAAGAGUUCGAUGAUGAUGAGAAAAUCGAGGUGGAUGACCCCCCAGACAAGGAGGAGACGCGCACAAAUUUUAGAUCAAAUGUGUUGGCGGGAUCCGUUUCCCACCAGGACUAUGACAAACUGAAGGCCCUUGGAGGGGAAAGCUUAAGCAAAAUGGGAAUCACUCCUUCAGGCAAUAUAGAUAAAAACAAAGUUGUUAAAAGAGAAUCAGAAACCAAUUCUAUAAAUCUGAGUGUUUAUGAGCCUUUUAAAGUCAGAAAAGUGGAGGACAAAUUGAAGGAAAACUCUGAAAAGGUGCUUGAAAACAGGGUACUUGACGGAAAGUUGAGCUCCGAGAAGAGUGACACUAACCUCGCCGGUGUCACCCAGUCGAAGACAAAGUCGUCCUCCAAGCUCUCGUCAUGUAUAGCUGCAAUUGCAGCCCUUAGCGCUAAGAAGGCCGCAUCUGACUCUUGUAAAGAACUGGUGACCAAUUCAAGGGAGUCCUCUCCGUUACCGAAAGAAGUCAACGAUAGUCCAGUAGCCGUGGAAAAGUCCCCUGAAUCCCAGAGUCUCAUCGAUGGGGCGAGGAAAGCAUCCACAAAGCAACCGGACAGUCCCAGGAGUGUUUCAAGUGAAAACAGCAGCAAGGGGUCCCCGUCCUCUCCCGCAGGAUCGACACCGGCCAUUCCCAAAGUCCGCAUAAAGACCAUCAAGACUUCAUCUGGAGAGAUAAAGAGAACAGUGACCAGAGUGCUGCCGGAAGUCGACCUCGAUUCUGGGAAGAAGCCUUCUGAGCAGACAGCGUCCAUGAUGGCGUCUGUGACGUCCCUUCUGUCGUCUCCAACUUCGGCCGCUGUCCUUUCCUCUCCCCCCAGGGCGCCUCUCCAGUCGGCGGUCGUUACCAAUGCAGUGUCCCCUGUAGAGUUGACACCCAAGCAGGUCACAAUUAAGCCUGUGGCCACUGCCUUCCUCCCAGUUUCUGCUGUGAAGACGGCAGGCUCUCAAGUCAUCAAUUUGAAGCUCGCUAACAACACGACAGUGAAAGCCACGGUCAUAUCUGCUGCCUCUGUUCAGAGCGCCAGCAGCGCCAUCAUCAAAGCUGCCAACGCCAUCCAGCAGCAAACUGUUGUGGUGCCAGCAUCCAGCCUGGCCAAUGCCAAACUUGUGCCAAAGACUGUGCACCUUGCCAACCUUAACCUCCUGCCUCAGGGUGCCCAGGCCACCUCUGAACUCCGCCAAGUGCUAACCAAACCUCAGCAACAAAUCAAGCAGGCAAUAAUCAAUGCAGCAGCCUCACAGCCACCGAAGAAGGUGUCUCGAGUCCAGGUGGUGUCCUCCUUGCAGAGUUCCGUGGUGGAAGCUUUCAACAAGGUGCUGAGUAGUGUCAAUCCAGUCCCAGUUUACAUCCCGAACCUCAGUCCUCCUGCUAACGCCGGUAUCACGUUACCGACGCGUGGUUACAAGUGCUUGGAAUGUGGUGACUCCUUUGCGCUCGAGAAGAGCCUAACCCAGCACUAUGACCGACGGAGCGUGCGCAUCGAAGUGACGUGUAACCACUGUACAAAGAACCUAGUUUUUUACAACAAGUGCAGCCUCCUGUCCCACGCUCGUGGGCAUAAGGAAAAAGGCGUCGUGAUGCAGUGUUCCCACUUAAUUCUGAAGCCAGUCCCAGCAGAUCAGAUGAUCGUUUCUCCGACGAGCAAUACUUCCGCUUCUUCUUCCACUCUGCAGAGCUCUGUGGGAGCUGGCACACACACGGUGACGAAAAUCCAGUCUGGCAUAACUGGGACCGUCAUAUCUGCUCCUUCCAGCACACCCAUCAUUCCAGCCAUGCCUCUCGAUGAAGACCCGUCCAAACUCUGCAGACACAGUCUCAAAUGUUUGGAGUGUAACGAAGUUUUCCAGGACGAGACGUCACUUGCUACACAUUUCCAGCAGGCUGGGGAUGCGAGUGGACAAAAGACGUGCACCAUCUGCCAGAUGCUGCUUCCGAACCAGUGCAGUUUUGCAUCACACCAGAGGAUCCAUCAGCACAAGUCUCCCUACACCUGCCCUGAGUGUGGGGCCAUCUGCCGGUCGGUGCACUUCCAGACCCACGUCACCAAGAACUGUCUGCACUACACACGGAGAGUUGGUUUUCGAUGUGUGCACUGCAACGUCGUGUACUCGGAUGUAGCCGCUUUGAAGUCUCACAUUCAAGGUUCUCACUGUGAAGUCUUCUACAAGUGUCCUAUUUGUCCAAUGGCAUUCAAGUCUGCCCCCAGUACACAUUCCCACGCCUACACACAGCAUCCCGGCAUCAAGAUAGGAGAACCAAAAAUAAUAUAUAAAUGUUCCAUGUGUGACACUGUGUUUACCCUGCAAACCUUGCUGUAUCGUCACUUUGACCAGCACAUCGAAAACCAGAAGGUGUCUGUUUUCAAGUGUCCAGACUGUUCUCUCCUGUAUGCCCAGAAGCAACUGAUGAUGGACCACAUCAAGUCUAUGCAUGGAACAUUGAAAAGUAUUGAAGGGCCUCCAAACUUGGGUAUAAACUUGCCUUUGAGCAUUAAACCUGCCACCCAGAACUCAGCAAAUCAAAACAAAGAAGACACCAAAUCCAUGAAUGGAAAAGAGAAGUUGGAAAAGAAAUCUCCAUCUCCUGUGAAAAAAUCAAUGGAGCCCAAGAAAGUGGCCAGUCCUGGGUGGACAUGUUGGGAGUGUGACCGGCUGUUCACGCAGAGAGAUGUUUACAUAUCCCACGUGAGGAAGGAGCACGGGAAGCAAAUGAAGAAACACCCCUGCCGCCAGUGUGACAAGUCUUUCAGUUCCUCUCACAGCUUGUGUCGCCAUAAUCGAAUCAAGCACAAAGGCAUUAGGAAAGUGUACGCCUGCUCGCACUGCCCAGACUCCAGGCGCACCUUUACCAAACGGUUGAUGCUGGAGAAACACAUCCAGCUCAUGCAUGGGAUUAAGGACCCCGACUUAAAAGAGAUGACGGAAGGCACCAACGAGGAGGAGACGGAGAUAAAGGAGGACACCAAGGCCCCCAGUCCAAAGCGGAAGUUGGAGGAACCAGUCCUAGAGUUCAGACCGGCCCGAGGAGCCAUCACUCAGCCGCUGAAAAAGCUGAAGAUCAACGUCUUCAAGGUUCACAAGUGUGCUGUGUGUGGCUUCACCACGGAGAACCUCCUGCAGUUCCAUGAACACAUCCCACAGCACAAGUCCGACGGCUCCUCCUACCAGUGCCGGGAGUGUGGCCUCUGCUACACGUCCCAUGUCUCGCUGUCCCGGCACCUCUUCAUUGUGCACAAGCUGAAGGAACCUCAGCCAGCGUCCAAGCAGAACGGGGCUGGGGAGGACGGCCAGCAGGAGAACAAACCCAGCCCCGAGAACGACGCCUCAGACAGCGCGGUGUCCGACAGGAAGUGCAAAGUGUGCGCCAAAACUUUUGAAACGGAAGCUGCCUUAAAUACUCACAUGCGGACCCACGGCAUGGCCUUCAUCAAAUCCAAAAGAAUGAGUUCAGCGGAGAAAUAGCCACCGACACUCCCCAAGGAAGAUCCCUGUCCACAUUGGAAUACAAAAGACAUUUUUGUUACAAAAAAGUUUGCAGUAUAAUAGAGUUAAGGGUACUGUGUAGGCUGUUGCAAUAUAUUCUCCUUCAAUGUUCCCUCUCCACCUCGUGGUAUAUAGCCUCGAUAAUAAGUAUUAAAACAGUAUUUGAGUUUAAAAGAGUUUGUAUAUAUUUAAAUGAAUAACUUUUUAUACUCUUUGUUACAUGUUUGUAUCAGUAUUUAGUGGAAAAUCUUUUGAGUCUUUUUUGGGGGGUUAGAAUUUUUCUUUUUUGUACUGUUUUCUUUAACACAGAGUUCUUAGUCACAGAGGCAGUUCCUGAAUUCAAAUAAACCAUUUUGUAAUUUAAGAAUUUGAAUGGGUUAACUAAUUACAGGCGAAGAUAAUGCCUUUUUUAGUGUUUUUAAUUUUUAGAAUUCACUACGUAAAUUGUAGGUAAUUGUGGGUCUCAAAACACUAGGAACUUUUAAGUGUCUUAGCACUACCCUCAGGGUGCCUACUCUGUGUGAGCAUACCGGCACAUCUGAGACUCAGGUGCACACCUAGGUGCACACCUGAGACGCAGCCCCACAUAGGUGCAUCAUGGGUGUUUCAGGCCACGCCACACGGUGUUCAAAGCAGCCUUGCAAGUCGCUCCUUCCCAGUGAUGGAUGAAAGCAGAGUCCAGGAUGGAAUGUGGGUUUCCUUAAUUCCAUGUAGAGGAAUGAGGAAAGAAGAGCAUUGUAAGGGGGAAAAAUAGGGGGGCUGGUGGUUUUCUGGGUCAGUUUGCAAGGCUGGUUUGAAGAGCACAAGGAGAUAACUGUUACGAAAGGGCUGGGCUACUGUAAAAGUUACCAAUAAUGUAGUUAGAUCAGUAGAUUCAUGUAGUCAGGUGUUUGUCAUGUAAUUUAUUAACUGUUACAGAGACACAACUAAGAAUACCAAGUAUUUCUCUGGCUCUUGACAGGAAAGAAGAAAAAAAAAUCACAGUUGACUUAACCCUUUGCUGUCUACAGAGUUGGCGUUUCCUGUUCCGGGUGCUACUGCCAAACGCCCUGGUACUUAAGAGCUGGGAUGCACAUCUUCAGCCACCGAAUAUCAAUGCAGCAGCUGCAGUUGGCCGUUAGCUUAAGCACUGAGCCACCUGGCUUUCGUUCAGUCAUUUCAAUAAGUAUAUUUAAUGUGGGUAGUUCAGCUUCAUUGAUGUGCAACACAGGUACUCUUCUGUCCCUUCCAUUUGUAGUUCUCCGGGAGAGUUAUAUUUUUUUGUCUCUCUUUUUUUUUUUUUUUUUAAUAUCUUUUUUUUUUUUUUUUAAUAUCUUGUAUUUAUCCCUCAAUGUGUUUUGUACUUUUUUUUAAAGAGAUUCUUUUGUGUAUAUGUAGAUAUUUGCAUGACAGACUGUGGUCAACGUUCAGUUCCUCACAAGUCUUGCUGCUCUCUGGUACUGCGCACUACUCCCAUCCUAACUGUAUGAGACACAUUUCAUAUGUAAAUAAACGUGGGGCAUUUGGCCCUUGUGUGCUUCUGCGAGAGAGUUAUUGAUGGAGGGUCUCUGACAUCUUCAUGAAGUUUAGGAAAUGAUUAAUUGCAGGACCAGGCUCCAGGAUAUUGCAAAAUUCUUCACACUCAGAAAAAUGGGAAUUUGUUCUCGUGAGUGGUUAGCUUCUGUCACUUUCUCAUUUAUCCCAUCAGUACGUUGGUAUAACCAAGGGGGUGUGAUUAAGUAUUCCUCAACUUGAAUUUCAAUUGCUGUUACUUGUUCUAUUUAUAUUUGUAUUGCUCUAACUUGUAUUCAUAGCACUUUCAUCUGUUUCUGAGUUUGAACCUUGCAAUAAACCUGUGUGGUGGGCUGCACAGGUCUAAUACCCUCCUUUUAUGGUUGAAGCUGAGCUCAGAUUCAAUUCUCUGCCCAAAUCCUCACGGCCGGUAAGUGGCCAUGAGGGUCCGAACCCAGAUAUUUUAAGUCUAGUGCUCGCUCUAUGUGUUUAUGUACAUAUUGACAAAUACUCAUUUAUUCAACAAAUAAAAAGUAUGUGCAAAACA